AUGUGGUUUAUAUUUAAUCACAUCCGGGCGUUCAUCAUAUCACUGGCCAUGUUGUCUACAAUCGUCGAAAAACAUCCUGAAAUUAUAAAAGUUGUAAAUAAUACAAAUUUAUCUUUAAGUGAAAAUAAAACCAAUGAAAUUGUGACGAAUUUAACAAAACCAAGUGAAAAUGUUGUGAAAGACUUAAAAUUACGCAAUAAAAAAUACCGUGAUUUUAUCCUGGCGAAUAGCACGCAGUACUUCGAUGGGAAGAUUUACAUUUUGGGACUGUUCGAGCUGUCUACUCAAUAUGGCCGCCGCAAACAAGGGUAUUCCGAGGUGGCAGCCGCACGACUCGCCAUUGAACACAUCAACAAAAUGGAUUACGUUCGUGGAUACAAAUUGGAACUGCUCAUCAACGACACGAUGUGCGACCCGGGUGCCGGAAUCGAUCGGUAUUUCCACGCGCUUUAUUCUAAGAAAAUCGUCACGAUGCUGUUGGGUACUGCGUGCUCGAAUGUCACCGAAAGCCUGGCGAGCAUUGUUCCAUAUUGGAAUAUUCUGCAGGUCUCAUUCGGUUCGACAUCGCCGGGUUUAUCCGACCGCCGAAAGUUUCCAUUGUUUUUCCGCACGGUGACCCCCGACUCGUCAUUAAACGACGCCCGCAUUGCUCUAAUCAAGUAUUUCGGCUGGAAUACGAUUGCGACGUUCGCCCAGCGUGAAAACGCCUAUAUGUUGCCUCUGAAUGGACUUGUGGCUGGUCUGGAAGCUGCCAAUGUUGACUGCUCAACGUCCAUCACGUUUUCUCUUGAGAACUAUAAAGACCAAUUGCGGCAAUUGAAGCAAUCGGACGUGCGAAUUGUCGUCGCUAGUUUUUCACCAGCGUUAAUGGAAGCCAUUUUUUGUGAGGUUUACGAGUUGAAAAUGUACAGAUCUGAUUAUGUUUGGUUACUCCCCGAGCGAAAAUUGCAUUUUCCCAAUACGACAAUUUGCCAAAAAGGUCACGUCUCGAAAACUCUGGAAGGUAUCAUCACUGUUUCGCAUUACAAUAAAAUGCCGUACGAUCAGAAAUCAAUUUCAGGCUUGACAAACAAAGACUUCUCCAAACUGCUCAACGACACUCAAUAUUCAAAAUUUACCUACGACGCAGUCUGGACAAUGGCGGUGCUUCUUCGUCAAUUACAAAAGUCCCAACAUCUCAACCUGAGCACAUUUUAUUACGACCAGGACGAUUUCGUUGAACACAUGCUGGAGGAAAUGAAGAUUCUCCGAUUCAUGGGCGCAUCAGGUCCUGUGAGCUUCGCGGGAUCCGAUCGUGUCGGCGAUGUGCACGUGAGACAACUGCAAGAGGGUAAAAAUCGAGUCAUCGCUUACUAUGACUCAACAGCCGAACGCCUCACAUUCAAAUGCGAUGAAUGCAUUCGCGUCCGUUGGCAGGGCGAUGCAAAACCAAUUGCCAAGCGUGUUCUCAAGCUGCGUCUCGAAACGAUUUCGAAGUAUGCGUUCUACGUGAUCGGCGUCUAUUCCACGAUGGGGUUGGUUGUGUGUGUGUUAUUCUUCUACUUCAACUUCCACUAUAGACGCAUUAAAGUCGUCAAGCUUUCCAGUCCACGUUUGAAUAAUAUCGCCGUGUUGGGCUGCGCGCUGGUCUUCAUCGCUGUUAUUCUACUGGGUGUUGAUUCGGGGACUUUGAUAAAUAUUCAAUAUUUUUCACAGUUAUGCACUGCAAGAGUUUUUCUAUUAUCCGCUGGUAUUUCAAUGGCUUUUGGUUCAAUUUUCGCAAAAACCUACAGAGUACAUCGUAUUUUCACCUACAGCUGUACAACACGUGAUAAACUCCUACAAGACUGGCGUUUAAUCAUCAUGGUAUUGAUGCUGGUGGUUAUCGAUGGCUUUGUGGUUACUCUGUGGAUAUUCGUUGACCCUCUGCAGCGCAGGUUGCAUAAUCUCACGAUUGAGGUUAGCGCGACUGAUCGCGCUGUCCUCUAUCAACCGCAAGUGGAAGUCUGUCGUUGUGUGAACACAACAAGAUGGUUCCUGGCAAUGUACGGCUACAAAGGUUUUCUUUUAAUAAUGGGUGUGUACAUGGCAUGGGAAACACGGCAUAUUAAAGUGGAAGCGCUCAAUGAUUCACAAUACAUCAACAUUUGUGUGUACAGCGCUGUGUUUUCAUCAAUAAUGGUCCUCCUGAGUAAUUAUCUCACCGAAUACACAAUCAUUUCAUACUUGACAAGAACACUCAGUAUACUUGGCACUACAACAUUAACUCUUCUACUUUUAUUCGUACCUAAACUAAAAGCCGUUUGGGAUGGACAACAGGAACCUAUGGUACCAGGACUUAGAAUUGAAUCAAACACAAGAAGAUUAGACGCAGAAGAUCCCAAUGAAUUGACUUACAGAAUGUUAGUCCAGAAUAAAGUCUACAGAUGUGAAUUACAAGCUUUGGACAAAGAAAUCGCACGUUUAGAAGACCUCCUCUUGAAAACCAAGGACUACAAAUCAGAACGCUCUAGUAUUACAAGAGCUUCAUGGCCAUGUGUUCAGAUAUACAACGUUUCAUCCCGAUUCAUGUCUCAAAGUCAAUUAAAUCAGCUGGAUGAGGAGACACUGCCUGCUGAAGACAUUAUCGAUGAUAACGACUAUGAAUAUGAAUUAUCGGAAGCACCUGGCGAGACGAAAUCAUUCGGGAAGUUUCUACGUGGUAUUUUCGGCCGGAUGUACUCGAUAAGUGACCGUGGUGAGCCAAUGGAUGAAUCCAUGCCGGAAUCCACGCCGAACGAUGAAUUCGAUGCGCACUUUGAGCGCAGUAGAUUAGACGACAAACACCGGUGUCGCAUUGAUAUCGAAGAGCAUAUUUAAUGAGCUUCUCCAUUACCUAACGAUGCAGGAAGAGGAGCGCGUAUUGUGUAGCCAUAGGAACCGAGCGAACUUAACCUAGAUCGAAUAGCUAUCGUAAUUAAUUAAUAAACAAUGGCGGAUGGGGGAUACAUGAAGCUUUCUGUAAUUAUCUGGAAAGCUCGAGGGAGUGUGCAAGUUGUGAAGUGCAGUUUGAUUGCAAUUACAUUUACAGAAAUCAAAAAAUUUGAUUUUUAUGUUUUUUGUUUAAAAAUGAGAGAAUUUAACAUGUCAGCUUCCGGUUUAUAAUUGGCAUGUUAUUGAAACAUCGGAAAUAAUAUUUGUCUGUGCAAAUAGUGAGGGGUAACUUAAAUACGCAACAAUAAUAAACUACUAAUAAUUUCAAAUUUCAGUUAUUAAUAGAAUUUCAUAACAAACUUUUUGUUUUUUUAAUAUUUUUGAUGAAUAUUCAUAUUUUCUUCAUUUUAAAGCAUCAAAUGUAUUAUUUUCAUUAAGAUUUGAGUUGUUGUUUGCGAGUUUUAAUGAAUUGCAGGCAGAUAUAAUGACAUUAAAUAAUGACUUGAAGUUUGCCGACUUCCAUGCGAGCAGUUGCAAGCAGUAUCGAUUCCACGACUUGAAUGCGAACUUUGUAGAAAAUCUAGAUUUUAACGCUUCGAUUGCGACGGAUUUUAAUUAAAGUAGAAAAUAGAUUAUAAUGAAAUUAUGCCUGAUGAGAUCUGGCGUGUUAUCAAACUACAAUUACUGAAAACUAUGAAAUUAUGCUUAUAACUAUGAUAAUAACAUGACGUUGUGUACAUGUAUCACACGAAUUGCUAAUAAAUUUCGUUUCUCAUCUGAUACACACGUUCGCUGGCUGAUAAAAACAUGUUAUCUGCUGUGUGUAGCGCGCGAGUUCGAGUUUAUCACGAUGUAAACACACUACUACCAGGAAACUAUUGUAGAGAAGUAAAUAAACAAGGUGGAAGUGAUUUUAGGUGGAUAAGUGCAUUGUAGCGACAUCUAGCGGCGCGUCAGGGAGUUAUAUUUAAGUAAGAUGCACAUGCAUCACGUAAACUCACACAGACGCGACUUAUUUCAAUAAAAUUCAACGUAAAAUCACUUCUACACGAACAAAAUGGAUUACAGGUGUGAAAAAACGUUUAAAUUUGUCAUUUCGUGACUUGUAUCACUAGUAUUUUCACAAUAAACACCAAAUCCCUACUUAAUAUUAUAAAUGCGAAAGUCCUGAUGUUUGUUACACUUUCACGUAAAAACUGCUUAACCGAUCAUUAUGAAAAUUUGUACACAUUUUCUUAGUGGUCCCCGAAUGGUUAUAGGCUACUUUUUAUUUAAUAAAAAUAACUAUUUUUAAAAUAAAAUAAAGAAAUUGUUUAGCCAAUAA